AUGAAAGAAGAGCUCGGCCUAUACGGCAACGAGCUCAACCUCAUGCAAACCUACUACAACAUCGGCUACAUCCUCGGCGCGCCCCUCUCCAACACUCUCCUCACCCUCACCCGGCCCCGCCUGCACCUCCCCGCCUGCCUCCUCACGUGGUCCCUCUUCGUGCUCGGCCUGUACCGCGUCUCCACGCCCGCGCAGAUCUACACGCUCCGCUUCUUCAUCGGCUUCUUCGAGUCGGCGGCCCUGCCGGGCUUGCACUACGUCAUCGGGUCGUGGUACCGGCGCAGCGAGCUGGGGCGGCGCAGCGCGCUGUUCGUCAUCUCGGGCGUGCUGGGGCAGAUGUUUUCCGGGUAUCUGCAGAGCGGGCUGUAUGCGGGGAUGGAGGGGGUGGGCGGGAUGAGUGCGUGGCGGUGGUUGUUUGUGUUUGAUUUCGUGUUGGCGGUGCCGGUCGUGGCGUUUGGGGUGGGGUGUUUUCCGGAUACGCCGAAGACGACGGGGGCGUGGUGGUUGAAUGGGUGGGAGAGGGCGAGGGCGGUGGAGAGGAUGGAGGAGGAGGGGAGGGGGGAGGGUCAGGGGGAGAAGGCGAGGUUGGAUUGGGGGGCGGUGAAGAGGGUGGCGGGGAGUUGGCAGGUGUAUGCGUUCUGUGUGGCUUGGAGUCUCUGGUCCCUGACCUGCGGCUCCAACGUCCAAACCUGGAUGGCCCUCUGGCUCAAGUCCGAAAAGAACGCAGACGGCUCCUCCAAAUACACCGUCCCCCAAAUCAACAACAUCCCCACCGUCGUCGGCGCCGUCAACUUCAUCUUCAUGACCACCACCGGCCUCGCCGCCGACGCCCUCGACUCGCGCGCGCCCAUCACCCUCCUCGUCGGCCUCCUCAUGACCUUCACCUACACCGUCUACGUCAUCUGGCCGUCGUCGACCGCGCUCAAAAUGGCCGCCUUCUUCCUGCAGGGCUGCUACGGCUGCUUCUCGCCGCUGCUGGCCGGCUGGGUCAACGCGGCGUGCGGCGCCGACCGGCAGCUGCGCGCGUUUACCAUGGCCGCGAUGAUGAGCGUCGGGCAGGCGUGCGCGACGCCGGCGUCGCAGUUUUUGUUUCCCGCGAGCGAGGCGCCGGCGUAUAGGGGGACGCGGGGGUAUGCGGUGGGGUUGGGGUUUGUGGUGGGGUUGACGGGGUGGUGUGGGGUUGUGUUGGGGGCGGUGGAGAGGCGGUGGGGUGGGAAGAAGGAGGGGGAGGGGGAGGAGGCGGCAGGGGAGGUUGAGGGCGGGGGUGGUGAGGGCGCUGUGGGGGACGAAGCGGAGGUGCGGAAGAAGUCGGGGGCGCGUGAGACUGUGAGUGAGGCUUGA